AUGGAUCUAAGAAAAAAUAUAGAGUUAUUGUUGAUUUUCCUCGCCGUUGCCUCGAUGAGAUUACACGCUUCUCAAGUGAAACUAAGAGGUCGACAAUUUAUGACUUACAAACUAAAAUCUGGUGAAGAAUCCAGACAGACUGUUGUCAAAUUGCGAUUCCAAACCAUUCAUCCAAACGGUCUAUUUUUGUAUUCCAAAGGAGCUAAAACUGAUGAGUACCUUCCGCUUGACUUCUUUCAUGGACAAGUGCGGUAAGUGUGUUGUUAAUUUUUAUAUGUUCGCUGUGUGAGAAAAUCUUGCUAACUUGUAAACAGUUGUAAAACCAACUACUGGGCCAAGCUUGAAGAUAUGGGAACAAUUGAAAAGAAGCCUUUUGUUUUGAUUUGGUAUUUCAUUGAACGCAUCUUUUUCUUAACCGACAUGUAAUACAGUAGGUCUGUUGAAAAGGAAACACUGGGCUUGUACUAAAACAUGGAACGCUGGAAUGCCGGAACGCCGGAAUACUAAAAUCCGGAACACAAAAUUACUAAAACCCGGAACGCAUUUUAGCUAAAGUAAAUAAAAAAGAAAGAAAGAAAUGAAUGAAUUAAUUAAAACCUGUAUUUCUUAAACCCAUAACUGAGUACUUCAAUUCAAACAGGAAAAUUAACCCGGUAGAAAUCAACGCAGAACGCAGAAAUCAACGCCUAGUGUUGGUAAUCGGGUAGAACAUUUUUUUGGGAUCCUAACAUCCGAGUUUCGAGUUUUUUUUUAUUUAUAGUUAUUAUUUUUUAAUUUAUUUAUUUUUCAUGCGUUCCGGGUUUUAGUAAUUUUGUGUUCCCGGUUUCAGUAUUCCGGCGUUCCGGCAUUCCGGCAUUCCGGCAUUCCGGCGUUCCAUGUUUUAGUACAAGCCGAAACACUGCGUCUUAUUUUCCUUUCAUUGGCAGUUAUUGCAAUUCAGUUGCAAAAGAAAAUUAAUGUUAUACUUCUUUUUUUAGUUUCUUAAGGUUUUUGCUCCUAGCAAUCUCUCAUUUUUUCUCUUAUUUUUUAUUUGGGUGUAUUUUAGGAUCUGCAUGGAAACAAUGUAUAAUACUGUACAUAAAAACAAAGCGAUAAAUAUCUAGAUCGGUUUUUAAAAUAUAUAAUAAGAUUACUUUGUUUUCAAAACAAAAAUAAGCGAAGGGAUCCUAAGGAAUGUUUUCGAUAAAUUAUUAGAUUUCAAGGAAACUAGCUGUGUUUAUGGCUAACUGAGGAAGUUCUACGAAAAAACCUUUUUAAAAUUUAUAAACAUCCGUUCCUUACUGGGCGAAUGUUUUUGUCAAUGAAAUAUUUGUUGACCUUGAUUUCUCGUAUUCUUUAACUAUUUACACUGAUACAAUAAUAAACAUUUUGUGUCAUAGAGGAAAUUUGUUGUUAAAAUUAGCGAGAACUCUGUCGAAAUCACAAAUAUUUCUUCGACCACUUUUUUUAAAGAAACCAACUAAUCAGACUCCGCAUUAUUGUUCCUUGCAGUUUUGGAGACUGAAUAACCUUCUUUUAAUUAUCUAUCAAAAUACUAAACAAGUAGUAUAGGAGGGAUGUUUUACUCCACUUUUUUGAGCAGGAAUCUCAUAAGCGUGAGCAGAAAUAAAUUAAAUAAUCCUUCCGUGUCUAGACAAUUUUCCUAUGGCCUCUAAGCCAAGAGUUCGACUUUCUUUGUUUCUUUCGGUUUGCCUUGUUCUUUGUAGUUGUUCUUUUAGCUUUUGCUUUAAAAGAGGCUUCAUUUCUUCGUGAUCUUGACAGUUCGUACACCAUUUCUUGUGUCUGUACUGGACUGCGAGUACUAGUUGAGUGAUUUUUUUGAGGAAUUAUCCGCUUCACUUUCGUAAACGACGACUUUAACUUUAGGUUGCAGUUUCGCCUCUUGUAAAUACUGUCUUCGCUGUAUGUGGUCUAACAGAUGAACAUCCGCGAGAUGGUUAGCUAAUCUGACAAGGUACUUCGCCCCACACGAUGAAAUAGGACGGUUUAUGCAAACUCUCUUGUAAACCAUGUUGACAGUUUGAUGGAUAAACACAACAGUGACAUCUUUUUUCGCAAAUAGUCAGGUUAUAUAGAGUGUCAGAAAGGCCAAACACAGGCCAGAAAGGCCAUAACCAGGCCUGAAAGGCCAAAACCAGGCCAAAAGGGACAAAAGGAGACAAACGGGCCAUUUCUAGUCAUGUGUCUUUAUUUUUUCUCAGACACACGCGUGGGUGUCACGCAUCGCUAGUCACGCAACAACUCUUAACAUUGGAAUCAUCAUCUUUAUUCAGUGUAAUCACAAAUAACAGUGCCUAAUAAAAAAAGUUUUGACCGUGAAUUAGUAAUUACUCUCAAAAUAGUUUUCCAAAAUACUUAUAUAAGAUCGCCUCUAGUUGUAAAUAGUAUUUUUUUUGCGUAGCUUUUUACCGAUGUUUGUACAUAGGAAAUUAGUUUGUAAAUAAAUCAUUGGUCGAAUUUAAUCGUGGCUUGUUUCCUGACUCGACGCGCACGACUUACACGCGAGAUCUCCACGGUGCGCCCAGGGGAAAAAACAAAGGGGUUAAAAAGGUGCCCUUUCUGCCCUUUCUGCCCGAUCUGCCCUUGAAAAUCAACAAUAAAUUUCGUGUCGCAAAUAGUUUUACUCAGUUUGUAUCUAACAUUCGUCCUGUCAGCCUGAAGAAACUAACAUGUAAACACUGCCCCAUACCGGGAUGUCAUUCUAAAUUUUUAGUUCGAUUAGCAAAUCAUUUAACUCAAGUCUACGAGUUAUCGGAAAUAGAACAAAAAUAUUGGCUUCAAUUUGCAAAAUUACAAAAUACCAAUGCGAUUUGUGCGUUCUCUCAUUUAUGGAAAAGAAUUCUUUUGGGUUCAGCUUCCUUGUCAUACACACGAAUCGCAUUGGUAUUUUGUAAUUUUGCAAAUUGAAACCAACAUUUUCGUUCUAUCUCCGGUAAGUCGUCGUUUACGAAAGUGAAGCGGAUAAUUCCUCAAAAAAUCACUCAACUAGUACUCGCAGUCCAGUACAGACACAAGAAACGGUGUACGAACUGUCAAGAUCACGAAGAAAUAAAGCCUCUUUUAAAGCAAAAGCUAAAAGAACAACUACAAAGAACAAGACAAACCGAAAGAAACAAAGAAAGUCGAACUCUUGGCUUAGAGGCCAUUGGGUAAUUGUCUAGACACGGAAGGAUUAUUUAUUAUUGCUUGAAAUAGAACAGAGAAGACAGAUUUGUAAUAGUCAGUCGAAGGAUUAAUUUUCAUUCCUUUUCCUUACUAAUCGCUGUGUAUUUGACUCUUUUUGUUUUUAAUAAAGUUUUUAAAACGGUAUCUGUGUUUAUUGCUAGCAAUUAUUAGUCACGCGUUUAAUCAAUUGAUCCUUGUUAAGUAAUUUGUUUUAUAAUAAUACGUCAAUAUGCUCCCUUGAGGUUUUUCCUGUAGAGCUAAUUUGUAUUCAACUUUUUGGGCUUGUGAACUCGCAUAAUUACCUAACUAACCGUGCGUGAAAAUGACAAGACUCUCAUUUCCUGAGAUAGAUGGGGAAAACGGUUCUGUAAUAGUCAGACAAACUUGGAAUAAAGCGUUUUCAGCUCCAAUUUGUGUAUAUGUGCGUGUGUUUUCUUUAUAUAUCCGAGUUUUAGCGCUAAAUAAGAUAUAGGAAACCGUUUCUCGCGUUGCUAGGUGAUCGCUCUUAUUUUCCUUUUAAUCAAGUUACUUACCGGGCAAGUCUAGGCAAGCCUAUUGUUUGUAUUGAAGUAGAGUGACGCUCGACGUAUUAGUAAGCUUAUACCGAAUUAGUAUGCAGGAAGACACUGACUAGGCACUUAAUUAAUAUGCAGGAAGACACUGACUAGGCACAUAAUUAAUAUGCGGGAAGGCAGUGAGCAGGCUUUUAUGCCGUUCAAACAAUAAAAAAUACGGCAACCAACCAGAAUGCUUCGUCAAACGAGACAGCCAAUGAGCGUCUUUCUAAUUCAAAACAACUAUGACAUCAUAGUACCCCGGAAUAAAAAUGACAUCAUCUUUCGAAAAUAACUAAAACCUGUCAAACCGGUUAUACCAACCAUGACCACCACAAGAUAAAAAUAGAACAUGACAUCAUUGAUAAACCCGUCAAACUGGAUACACUUAAUGAGAUUCCACCGCAAGUUAAUGAGAUACCACAGCAUUUUAUUCAUGAGAUCAAGACAAUAGCCUAUGACGUCAUCGGCGUUAAUUUAUUCUUGCUCACGCUUAUGAGAUUCCUGCUCAAAAAAGUGGAGUAAAACAUCCCUCCUAUACUACUUAAACAAUGCAAUGAAUCACACAAAAUUAAACUUUGGCAAGAUUGUGUCCUCCAUGAAAGAAACCGAAAAGAACUGUGCAGUUAUCAAGAACACCUACUUAAACAACAAAACGUUAAAAGAAAUCGGAUCGAUGCAGUAUUUUUCUGUACAACGACUUUGUUUAAUUCUUUUGAAUAUGUAUUCCUUAUUUUUGUGCAUUUCUUUGUGUGCCUCUCCGCUUAUAAUCACCAUUCGCCAAGUUCUCCUGUGCGAAAUAAAUCUUACUUAUUUGCUCGCUACUGAAACAAAUCGCAUACAUUUUAUUACAUUUCUAUACACUGCAUGUUUUUAUACUGAUCCUUUUAGAUAUCAAUUCCCUUCUUUUUUUUCUGCGGAAAAUAUAUACAUGGCCUUAAAUGGCUUUAUCUGCAACACCGUAGGAGGGCUAUAAAAAUCAAUUUUCCCUCUUACUCAUGUUUGAAACACCGCUUGAAUCGAUCAGAUUUGUCUACUUAUUUUUUCAUGCCUAAAUCAGUGCCGCAAAAACCUACAUUUUUCAUUCGGAUUAUUAAAACGUUAGUUUAAGGUGCUUCCAGUGUACUAUAUGCUAUGUGAAACAAAGUCCAAAUUGAAUUGGCUUACGCGUCAAUGCUACCAAAGAUAUAUCACUGAUAUCUUGCCUUUUACCAUCGCAUUUAAGUAUCUUCAAUGAAAUUCUUGCCCAAAGCCUCACCACUCAAACCAUCCAGACCACCAAAAGAGUUCGGCCAAAUUAUUUUGAUUAACAUUUUAAUUUGCAAAGGCUGUUCCUGUGAUUUUGAUUCAUAUCUAAUAUUAUAGUACAGUAGAAAGGCACUCCCCCUUUUGUAGUCUUUACAUAAAAAAUGAUUUGGGUAAUGCCACAACGUCGACAGUUGUUUUCAAAAUUUUGUAAACUUAAUCUUACUCGUGCGUUCAUAUUUGUAUCAACGCGGGAAAGAUUUUUAUCCGUAGCAAGGAGUAACACUUUCGUCAUUCUUAAAGCCGGAGGGCUAGCAUUAGAAUAAGACUGAAGCGAUGGCAACUAUGGCUGUAAUUGUAGCCAUUAUAUAUCUAUAGUUCUGCCAAGAGUACAGCUACAGUAGCUUCUUCCAACAGUUGUUGGCGAAGAGAAGCAACCGACAGGAAUGGGCCACAUUGAUUAUUGAAAGAAUAUGCCUUGCACUUUAACUUUCCUAAAUUCAGGCGCUGGAAUGGCUACUUUUUUUAUUCACUAGAAACAAACGGACUAGUGAUGGAUACUGGCUCUUACAAAUUCUGGAUGACAUUCGUUGUCUGAGAAACGUUUUGAGAGCUUUUUUGUUUAGACGAACAUUAAAUAUGUCUUUAAAAGAUUAAAAUAUAUACUUUUUAUUCUCUAGUUAUCAAGCAUAUAUCGGAGGCAUCCACAAACGUGGAAAGGUGAAAAUAUUAAACGCAAAUAAGAAGUUGAACGACGGCGAAUGGCACAAUGUCACCUUAGAACAACGUGGAAGAACUGCUAUUCUUGAGGUGGAUAAGUUGCGAAGACCAAAAAUCGUUCAAACAGACUACCAAGAUCUUCACCUCGACGGCAACAUUUUCAUUGGUGGAAUGAGGUCUUCCGACUAUAAGAUCUACCGUCCUGAGAGCCGUAAUUUUAGCGGGUGCAUUGAAGACCUUACAUUCCGUGAUGCAAACCUGAUCAGAAAGGCUAAAAUCAAAAGUUCAGAAGUCAGAGUGUACGGGAAUGUGGCAUUUAAGUGCGAGGAACUCGAUUAUAGGGUAGUAACACUUCCGAAUCCGAACACAGGUUAUCGAGUGACUGUACGUAAGUUACACGCAGACAACGACACAUUUUCAACGAGUUUUUACUUUCGUACAUACAUCAAACAAGGCCUUCUGUUAUCACGAAGCGCAAUUAAGGUCAAGUUAAAUUUGCGAUUGUCACAUGGCACUUUGAUUUUUAAUGUUAUGGCUCCAAACCGAUCAAGGACAACAUUAAAACUGGGUUCUGAACUUGACGAUGGAGAAUGGCAUAAAGUCAAUGCUAGUGUCAGAGGGCGAGAAGCUUGCUUGCAACUCGACGAGAAAUUCCGGACAGAACCUUUGAACCAGUCACGGCCUUUAAUGCUUGACUUCGCAAAUAAAUCUCGCCUGAAAAUAUUUCUUGGUGCCUUUGAAGAGAGAAAUUUUCCUGGUUUCGUUGGGUGCGUUUACAAUUUACAGGUAGACGGUCAUAGGAUUACAGUGAAAAAUCUGAAGAAAAGCGGCAAAGACACUAAUAUAAAUUUGCGAAACACUUGCCGCCUACAGAAUCGCUGCCAGCCGAAUCCGUGUAAAAACCGAGGCAUAUGUACACAGACGUGGGACAGGUUUUACUGUAAUUGUAAAUACACCGUAUUUGAAGGGGAACGUUGCGAUAUUUCCAUUUACAAGGCCACAUGGGAAUAUUACAAAGCCACGGGGUUGAAAAAAAGUGCUUUAUGUUUGCUUGACUCAGUAGGUGGUGGAACGCCAUGUACAGCAUAUUGUAAUUUAACCCGGGAUGCCGCAAAAACGACAAUACGUCACGAUAAAAUGACUAAAACGAGAGUAGGAGAUGGGAUUAUAAAAGGAUCUGAUUAUCUACACGAAAUAACGUACUCAAUUGGUAUGGAACAAAUUGAACAACUAAUUAGGAAAAGCAGCAAAUGUCGCCAACAUGUUAGGUUUCAUUGCUUCUUUUCUAAGCUUCUAAAUUCGCCCGAUGGGCCUCCUCACGCGUCGUAG